CUUAUUGGUGAAUCAAUUUCUGUCAAUGAUUGAUAUUAUUGAUAGUACCCUACUUUAUACCAGUCAAAGCUUUUCGUUAACUUGUAGUAUAGUAACUCAUACGUGAUUAUAUGUACGUAUUAUUAGCGUAGCUAUGGGACAUUAUGCUUUGUAUUAACUAAGUAAGUUAACUUGUAGUAACAGAGGUACUCUUGUCUUAUUCAUCUACCCUGAUCUGUCUCUCUGUUGUCCAUGUCCACAUCACCUCUCUACCUCCACAACUACCAAUUAAUGUAGUCAGGAACCAAGCAACUUGCCGAAGAUGAUACUAGGCUACAUAAAACCCUCGUAACUUAGCGUAGUACAUUCAUUCAAUGUGUUCUUUCUUGCCAGAACCAGCAAAUAUAUUUGAAUCAACUAAUUUAUUUAAACCUAUCCAUGAAUCAUAAAUGCCUAAAACAUUAUUUUAUCAGUAUUUUGUAACUUUGCCUAUUCCAGUGUUGUGCUUAGUCAACUAAAUAGGAUAGUAGUCAGUUAGUUGACUAAUCAAAACGUUAACUAAGUUUUAAACAACUAAAAAUUAUUGGUAGACUAUUUUGAAUGGGGGAUUUGUUACUUCCCUGCUAGUUGGAUCAUUUAAAUAUUCAAUCAUCACUAGUUUAUUCCUCAUGUAUUAAAGGACGGUAGUGUAAUAGAACAAUUCUGGAAUAGAAACAAUAGUUCUGUAAUAGAACAUCUGCAACAUCCUACACCAUCUUUGCAAUUUCUUUAUUUGACAAGAACAAUGGUACAGAGAGGCAAAUUCAAAGUCGUGUUUGUUCGUCAUGGGGAAAGUGAGUGGACAAAGCAUAACUUAUUUUGUGGCUGGUAUGAUGCACCUCUCAGUAACAAAGGCUUAGAAGAAGCUGUUUCCUCGGGAAAAGCUUUGAGAGAUGCUGGGCUGGAGUUUGAUGUAGCAUUUACAUCCUUACUAACUAGAGCUAAUCAAACAUUAGACAUUAUAAAGACAGAAAUAGAUCAAUUAGAUUUACCAGUUGUUGAACACUGGAGAUUGAAUGAGAGACAUUAUGGAGACUUGACUGGGUACAAUAAAGAAGAGAUGGCUGAAAAGUAUGGUCUUGAGCAAGUUCAAAUCUGGAGGCGGAAAUUUGAUGUUUUACCUCCACCGAUGAAGGAAACUCACAAGUAUUACACAAGUAUUGUGGAGAAUCCUAAGUUCAAAAGCCAACCAAAUAUAUUUAUUCCUGAGGUUGAAUCACUUGAGACAACAAUGGUUCGAACUUUACCAUUGUGGAAUGAAACAAUAGUUCCAGAUAUACUUAGUGGCAAGAGAGUAUUGAUUGUGACUCAUGGAACCACUCUAAGAGGGCUUGUCAAACAUAUUGAUGGUAUUAGUAAUGAAGACAUCAUGAAACUCAAUUUACCUACAGGCAUGCCUUUUUACUACGAGUUGGAUGAAAAUUUAAAACCAGUUGUAUCAAUGAAGUUCUUUUCUAAUAGAGAAGCUGUAGAAAAAGCCAUGGCUUUGGUGGCUUCUAUAUCUCAUAGAAAUUAAAGCUAAGGUUGCAUCUAAAGGUAAAAAACAAAGUUUUGUAUGAUAAUAAUUGCUACUGACACAUCACAUUUAAUGCUAAAAACACUCAGCAGGGCCCAAAAGUAAAAAAUAUUGUACAAAGAAGAUUUUGAAGUGAUAAAAGCUGUUUUAAAUUGAAUUUUUAUUAGAAAAUAAAUGUUUUUAAAUGCUUGC